AGCGCCAGGUGUUUCGGCGGACCCUUGGACAUUCACAGGAAUCAGGAGUCUGAGCGGGCCUGUCAAGCAACGUCGAGGGCUCUUGCUUUGGCUUCGUCUGCGUCUUCGUCUUUGUUCGCUUCCUUUCUCCUCGACACCCAACCCUCGUCGCUUCUGUCCUUCUUUUCUCUCUUUGCUUGUCUGCGGCAGCCGCGUCGAGCACAAAGCUGCUUUCGUACUGACACGCCGUCGGAGGCCUUUGAGGACAGCAGGAACUGCAGGUUCUCCGUCAGUUAAUAUUUCUUAUUAGCUACUUUACAUUCCUUCAACCAUCAACCCAAAGGACAUACGCCAUGUCGUCCAACCACACCAUCGGCAACCGCAACAGCACCCCGGACGCCUCGAGUUCCACUCUGCGCCCGCCGUCCUCUCGCGGCAUGAACCCCGGCCACCACCUGCGCGCCUCGGCCGACAUGGGUGCUUUUUCCACCUCGUCUCCCCUGGCUUCCCGCGGUAUCCGACCGGCCAGCGAGGUCUACUUCAGUGGUGUUGGCCUCGGCAGUCAGGACGACUCUGCCGACAAAGCAGCCCAGCAAUGGAUCGCCGACAUCGACCAGUACGAAAAUACUCUCGAGGACAUGGCAGCCGCUACGCUGGACCAAGAUUUCAAGGAUGAGUUGAGUGCCAUUGAGCAGUGGUUCCGUGUGCUCAGUGAGCCCGAGCGUACUGCUGCUCUCUACGCCCUGCUCCAGCAGACAACCCAGGUGCAGAUUCGCUUCUUCAUCCAGGUCUUGCAGCAGAUGGCCAAGAGCCACCCCAUGUCGGGCGUCCUGUCUCCUGCCAACUUCGGCGAGAAGGACCCCAUGUCGACCCGCCUGAACGAUGCUAUGAGCAGACUCAACAUCGAGGGCACGAGAUCAUCCUUUGGCUUUGGCGGCAAGCCUCCACCAUCGCCUGGAGCUAAGCGCAACUCGGGACUCGACCCCAGCACCAUCAACUCGCUCUUCCCUGAUGCCGCCGCUGCCAUUGCCAAACAAAAGGCCGACUUCAAGGAGCACACCGGCAACACUCCCACCUCGAGCCGUGUUGGUGACCGCUCUUCCCUUCUCUUCGACGACAAGAAAGAUGCCCCUGUGCCACUCUCUCCCUCGCCUUGGAACAACAGCCGCAACGAGAACCAGCCCAUUACCAGACCUCGCUCGUCGCAGGGCCAACAGCCCAUGGGCCAGUUUACUCAGCCCCUGCGUUCCCCUCGCCCCUUCCAGUUGUCGAGCGAUACCAAUCUGCAAAACACCACCGUCUCUGCCCCCAACCAAGAUCCUGCUAUGAACAUUCUUUCGCCAUACAACCCCAACAACAGCUGGGCUUCCAUGGUCAACACUCCCAUGAUGCCCAACUUCAACACCCAGCAGCAGAGCGCUGCUCAUGCUGACAUGAUUGCAAACGCCACUGCCAUGAAGCUCGCCGCUCUCUCCACUGUCAACAACCGUAUCCAGCUUGAUGAUGUCAAGAAGUUCCGCAGAGCACGCUCUUCUGAGGGUCAGCCUCAAUUCCAACACCAGCAACAGCAAAACAUGAACAUCCUCAUGACCAACGAACUUGGCCAAGUCUUGAGUCCUCAGCAAGCUGCUGCUCUGCAGGCCCAACAGCUCGCUGCUCUCCAGGGAGGCCGCUCUCGUCCCAGCUCUCCUGGAAUCGCCAUCUCUGGCCCUCCUGGCUCCAACAUGAACAACCUCCCCAUGACUCAAAACAAUGGUUUCCUUUCCACCUAUGAUGCUGGCAUGCUGAAUGCAAACAUGAAUGCCCUCAACAUGGGCAACUUCGGCAUGGGUAGUCACGAGGGUUACCUUUCUGACCACUCUGAAGCUCGUGGCAGGUCUCCUCGUGGUAGACGCGGCAGCUCUAAGCCUCCGGAGGAUCCUACUGAUCUCCAGCUGUUGAGCGAUAUCCCCAGCUGGCUGCGUAGCUUGAGACUGCACAAGUACACCGACCAACUCAAGGAUAUGCGUUGGCAGGAUCUUGUUCAGCUUGACGAUGAUGCCCUCGACAAGAAGGGCGUGAAUGCUCUUGGUGCUAGAAGAAAGCUUCUCAAAGUCUUUGAAACCGUCAGAGAAGCCCAAGCCGAGGGAAAGCUCUAAGCAAAUACUUAACCCUCACGUGGCACUAGAUGUUCCACUGUUACUACGGCCAUCAAGCUCCAUGCGCCAGCUAAUCAGCUGUAAGAGCCUUUACUAGGCUUGUCAGGAAGUUUUCUUGUUUUUGAAAUUCCCCCAAAAUUCCGUACCAGAUACUCGCCAUCUCCGCAUCGGCGCCUAAUAAUGCAAAGUCAAACGAAUUUCGUUUCAAAGGAUAUCCAUUGUCUUCUCCCUCGUCCAAUCGCCUAUUCCUUUGUGUGAAAGGUAGUGUGCCUGGAACUUGCUUCAUUGUUCGAUCGAGUCCCAUUGUGUCUUGCUUUAUUGACUUGACCAGCCUCGCUGUUUCUCCUUUGUUGCAGGCUUUUCCAUUAUUGUCCUUGUGCUGCCAUUGUCACUCUUUAUAUAUACCUUGGGCGCCACUAUAUUCGAAAUGUUCAGAAAACCCCAACACAAC